AUGAACAAAUUUAUUUAAGCCGGUAGAAUAGAACUAGUGCUUGGGCCAAUGUUCUCUGGCAAGUCUUCUGAGAUGUUUAGAAGAGUAUUGAGACACUCUUUAGCUUAGAGAAAAUCGAUUCUAGCUAAAUAUCAAAAGGACCAUAGAUAACUUGAAGAAACUUUCAAAACAGUCUAACUUCAAAAAGUAAAUGGUAACUUAAAAGUUCAAGGAAUAACAAAACUUGCUGAUCUUGACGAAUAAAUAAAUGAUUUCUAAGUAUUAGGCAUUGAUGAGGGGUAGUUUUACCCAGAUUUAUUUGAUAAAUGUCUUGAAUAUGUGAGGAAAGAUAAGAUCAUUAUUAUAUCUGCUCUUGACGGGACAUUUGAGCGUAAAAAUUUUGGAUAAAUUCCACAGUUAAUCCCAUAUUCUGAUGAUAUCAUUAAGCUAAAUGCAAUUUGCAAUUAAUGUGGCCAAAAUGCACCCUUCACUCAUAGAAUAGGUAUAUUUAAAAUGAAGAUAAUGUAUUGUAUAGUAUAAAAUAAGGAGACUGAACUAGUGGGAUGGAAGGGAGUUUAUGAACCACUCUGUAGAUGCUGUUUUGAAAAAGCUAAUCCCUAAGUUUUAUGA